CUCCCAAUAAUAAUUUUCAUUUAGGCGCCAAAGGAAACGCCAUAAGUCAAAACCCAAAACUAAUACCCAAUUAAUAUAAUCUAGAGCUUUCAGAUCUGCUUGCCGUGAUGAGGAUUUGCCCAAAAAUAAUAGAGCUCAUGGGCUCUAUUUUUCAACUAUCCUCCAAAUUGUAGCUCUAUUUCAGGGUAAAAUAUGUAGGAAACACAGUAUGAUUGUAAAAAAACAUCCAAGACAUUUAACCAAACCAAACAAAACACAAAUUUCCUUCGGCUUGUUUUCUUUGACCAUACUAGAGGUUAAAAAUUUUUUUUCUAAUUUCUUGCCCUCUCCCCCUCACAAAUUCCCCAAAAAUUCACAAAAUAAUCUCCAACCUUCCCUCUACUCUCUCCCCCAAAAUUGCGCAACAACAACAAAAUCAUAAAACGUAAAUUUUGCGCACACUUCCCUUUUUUAUAUAAUUUUCUUUGUUCUCUUUUUAAAUCUUUCCCCCGCCCUCUUUUUUCUCGUAAAUCCAGCUCAUCAACAGACAAAACAAAAAAUUUUUUUUUAAUUUUCCAGUUCAUUUAAUGUUAUCAUAAAUUUUAUUUUAUUAUCAAAAUUAUAUCAAGUCUUUCCUUUUUUUAAUUAAAAAUGAUUUCGGCUCAAACUUCUAAUGGUGUGGGGAGUACAAAUACAAAUUAUAAUUAUGAACAUCAAGAAGCUACAAUAAUAGCAACACAACAACAAAGGAGAAAGCCUGAUUUGAUUAGGCUUGAACGUUCCCUUACUGGAGUUAGCGGUCAUUCAAUGCCUCAUUCUUCAGAUUCUUCAAUUUCGCAAUCUUGUUCAGAUGAAGAAGUAGAGGAGGAAGAAAAUUUUCAAAAAAUAGAAAAUUUGAAUAAAAAUCCUCCAGACGCCCGUAGUCGUUUUUCAGCAAAUAAAGCACUUUUUCAAAGAAUGGAAAAACAAGCUGAAAGUUUGUUUAAUAAAGAAAAACAACAACAACAACAAAAUAAUCGCCUUUUACCUUGUUUUUAUUCUCCACGUUUACAACGUUCUUCUUCAGCAAGUUUAGGUUUUAAUACAUCAACAACAACAACCCCAAAUAAACAACAACAACAUCCACCUUUAAUACCUCCAAAACCUUUAAUUGAAAAUACAAAUAACAACCAAAAAUACCCCAUACCCGGCAGCCCUUUAACCCAACUUGCGCGCAAUUUUAGCCAAUUUGCCUCUGAUGUUGAGAGAAUUGCUAGUGAAUCUAGAAUUGUUGCAAAUGAAGGAGGGGAUAAUAAAACGAAUGCCACAAAAAACGACGAAAAUGGACAGAAAAGAGAAAAAGAAAAAAUAACAGAAGAAAUUAAAAAGAAGGAAAAUAAAAAUUUAAAUAAAGCAAAUCAAAAAGAUAAUCAAAUUGGAUAUGAUGCUUAUUGGAGAAGGCCAGCUUAUUAUAGAGAACGUCUUUUUGGUAGCAUUGAAAGAAAUAAUUCUGUUAACACAGAAUGCCAAGAAGAUUCUCAAAAAAGUAAAUUUUGUAUGAAGCGACAUUUGCGGACCGACAUUUGUGGUCACUUUGUUUACCUUAUAUGGUCGAAUAACUACCCCAGAGAAUUGUUUCAGCCUCUCGCUGAAGAGUAA